AUGACGGAGCGGGCACAACGCUUGACAGCCCUACAGAACGGAGCUGUGGGAUCACUUGCCGGCAUGAUCGAGAUGACUAUUCAGCAGCCCUGGGUGGCUGUCAAGAACGCAGUGCAGCAAGGUCGACCACUUCCUCGCUCGAUUUCAGCGCUUUACCGUGGUCUCGGAGUAUCAUUGUCCUCCAUUGCGCCCGUGAGUGCCAUCCGCUUCGCCAUCAACGGACAACUACUGCGCAGAGUGAGCGGGACAGAUGCGGCGCCUACGGGCCAAGUCAAGGUGUUGUGCAGCACGAUCUCCGGUGCAACGGCCGCGGUCAUAACAGGUCCGGCUGAAAUGAUCAUGACGGUGCAACAAAGCAAGGGAGGGGGCUUUGUAGCAACCGUCAAGGCUGUAGUGGAGGCCCGUGGCGUGAUGAGACUAAUGCGGGGCUACUCGGCCACCGCAAUUCGUGACGCUAUUUGGUGUGCUGGCUACUUGGCCUUGGGGCCGCUGUUCACGCGCGAGGUGCAUCGCUUGAGACCGCAGGCAUUUGGUGGGUAUGACACUGCGACUGCGUCACAAAAAGCAGCGGCUUCAAUUGCCGGUGGUCUGGCUGCUGGUCUCGUGGUUGUUUCAUUGACGCAGCCAGUGGAUACUAUCAAGACGGUUAUGCAGGGUGAGGCGAUGGAACUUCCUUCGGGUCGUGGACCCAGUAUGCUUGCCACGGCCGGACGAAUUUACCGUGAAGGGGGAGUUAGAAGAUUCUACCGCGGUAUUGUGGCCCGUGGAAGUCGCCUCAUUGGUGCAGUUUUUAUCCUUGGACAAGCUCGUAUGCAGCUAGAAGAGGUGUUUGAAGACCACGACUUGUUCAGGUUCAAUAAUGUCGCGAACUAUAAGCAGCAUGAGUGA